AGAGGAUAGCACAAUAAAUGAUCAAAAUAUUCUGGAGCAUACUGGCAAGUUCUUACAAGAACUUCUUUCAUCGUUAGGCAUCGAUUGUGAUUAUUCCGUCGACCGAAAGCCCCCAACAACAACAACAACAACAACAACAACAACAACAGCUGCUGCUCCUCCUAGCACUAGCGAAACUACAACAUCACCAACACAAGAAGAAGCAAGUGCGUCAGCAUCAACAAGCACUGAACCAAAGCCAACACCACCACCCAUCUCAACUGCUCAAGACUCAUCAUUUGAAAAAUUGGCAUCCAUGUUUAGCACGAUGUUGGGUGACGAUCAAAGUAAUCUGAAAGCAGCUCACAUCGCCGAGGAACAAGAGCGUGAGAAGAGAAAAGUGGAUGAAUGUAUUGAACGCAUGACAGCAAUGGGUUUCAUGGAUACGAAUGGCGUCUUAACAGAGUUGAUUAAAUCACGCAAAGGAGAUCUUAAUCAGGUGUUGGAUGCAUUGAAUCCAAGAAUUGGUCAAUUAGUUGAAUAUACUAAUUUCACAAACGACAACUCAUCAUCAGAUUACGAACAAAUGCUUUUAAUGAAAGAACAGCGGCAUGUAGUAAUAACUGGUGCAUUCUCGACUGUGGAACACAUGCAAAUGUUAAUUGAUCAUACUGCUAAUCUAACAAAUUCAAACAAUCUCAUCACAUUAUCCUCAUCAUCUUUUGUAUUAGAUUCAAAUCCACUAAUGAUUACGAUUAAAUUAUGUGAUGUAUGUAAAGAAGGAGGUGCAAAAGCCAUUAUUGCGGGUAAAGGGAAUGGAGAUGACGAUUUAACACUGACAGCUAUUUCAUACGUAUCUGAUUUUUAUAAUAUUCCAAUAUUAUCCAUUAGUUCGAGAGAAAAUAUCUUUUCGGAUAAAUCACUGUAUAAUUUUAUUGUUCGAUUGGUACCACCCUAUUUAUAUGAAGCAGAUGCAUGGUAUUCAAUAGUUCGUGCGAUGAAAUAUACAAAAGUUGUAUUAGUUUACAGUCACGACGAAGAAGGACGAAUGGUUGCAUCGAGAUUUCAAAUGUUGAGUGAUGAUUCAAACAUUCAAAUCGAACGUAUGGAAGAGUAUGACCCUGUUAAUACAAAUUUUACGUCGUUAAUUUACAACUUGACAGCUGAAGAUCGUUUAUUAUCACGUGUUUUCAUUGUGCAUACACGCGUUGAAGAUGUUGAUCAAAUGUUAAACGCCAUUGUUCAUUUGAAUCAUUUAGACAAUUUUGUUUGGAUUUUGAACGAAAGAGCAUUAAUGUCAAACAGUUCUGCAUUAUUCGAUGGAUUACUCGGUGUUAAACUGCAUGAUACAUUCAGCGAAGAAAAUUUGUUAUAUGACGCUGCAUUGUUAUUGUCAAAUACAUUUAUCAAGUUUGCCGAUAAAACAAAUUUUUGGACAAAGAAACCAGUGGUUAAUUGUGCUUUGACAGAACCAUGGACUGAUGGAAAAGAAGUUUAUAAAACUUUAUUAAAUACCACUCUGAUAAACGGUUUAACUGGAGCAAUUGAAUUAAAUGAAGAAGGAGACAGAAUUGAAUCUCAAUAUGAAAUAAUUAAUAUUCAAAAUAAGCAAAGAAAGGUCAUUGGCAAUUAUCGUUCAAAUGCGGUUGAUAAAACAGAAUUACGACUGUCUGAACAUGAUAUUCUUUGGCCUGGUAAUAAUCAACGAAAACCCGACGGCAUUAGAACACGAAGAAAUGUUUCAGUUGUUACAAUACCUGCAAAACCAUUUAUAUUUACACGUGCUGGCGACGAUUGCACUGGAGAUGAUGAAGUACCUUGUCCAAGACGAAAAUUGAAUGAUUCUGAUAUUCAGGAACAAUAUUGUUGUCGUGGUUAUUGUAUCGAUUUAUUGCAGAAAUUAGCGAAAAAUUUAAGUUUUGCAUUUACUGUACAUUUAGUUGCUGAUAACAAAUAUGGAGCAUUGGAAGCAGAAGGAAAUGAUCCCGUAAAAAAGUGGAAUGGCAUGGUUGGUGAAUUAUUAAAUUAUCAGGCUGAUAUGAUUAUUGCACCUCUUACCAUUAAUCCAGAACGUGCUGAAGAUAUUGAAUUUACUAAACCAUUCAAAUAUCACGGCAUAACAAUCCUAGUACGAAAGAAUACAAGUAGAUCAAAUUUAGCAUCAUUUUUGCAGCCAUUUGAAAAAGCUCUGUGGAUUAUGGUGUUGUUAUCUGUUCAUGUUGUUGCUGUUGUUUUGUAUUUAUUGGAUCGUUUUUCACCUUUUGGACGAUUUAAAUUAGCAACAAAGAAGAAUACGGUUAGCCACCCGCAUAAUGAUCGUGCUUUCGAAGAUAAUCGAAGUGAAGAAGAUGCACUAAAUUUAUCACGAGCAUUGUGGUUUACAUGGGGUAUCUUACUCAAUUCCGGCAUUGGGGAAGGCACACCAAGAAGUUUUAGUGCUCGAGUGCUUGGUAUGGUUUGGGCAGGAUUUGCAAUGAUUAUGGUAGCAUCUUACACUGCCAACUUGGCAGCCUUCUUAGUGUUAGAUCGACCAGAAGCAAGCAUUUCGGGAAUAAAUGAUGCUAGGCUACGAAAUCCGCAAGAUAAUUUUUCCUAUGCAACAGUGAAAGGUAGUUCCGUGGACAUGUAUUUUAAACGGCAAGUAGAAUUGUCAACAAUGUAUCGAACAAUGGAAAGGAGAAACUAUCAGACCGCUGAAGAAGCUAUCGAAGAGUUGAAAGACGAUCAUUUACAUGCUUUCAUUUGGGAUUCUCCACGACUGGAAUAUGAAAGUAGUCAAGACUGUGAUUUAGUCACAGCAGGAGAAUUAUUUGGUCGAUCAAGUUAUGGUAUUGCUCUACGAAAACAAGAUGCUUGGAUAAAUCCCUUGUCACAUGCAAUCUUAACAUUUCAUGAGACUGGAUUGAUGGAAGUUUUUGAUAAUCAGUGGAUUUAUAAUAGUUCAAAACAAUGUUCCGAUAAAAGUUCAUCACCAGCUACUCUCGGCCUAGACAAUAUGCUGGGUUCGUUUGUUUAUAUAUUUGUUUAUUUUCAACUAAAAUUAUCUUGCAUUGAAAUUGCGUUUAAACGACACAAAGAAAAACGUGACCAUGAACUUGAAUUGGGACGUAAUGCUCUUCUACAUUGGCGAAAAAAAGUUCAAAAACGAAAACUACAAUUGUCAAUUCAAGAUUCAUCUGAUCAACAAAUACCAAAGGAGGAUUCAUUUGAUAAAGAUCAACAAAUUAAAAAAUAUCGUUCAUAUGAGACAAAUUUUAGUUCAAAAAUAAAUCAAAAUACAGAUAAUACAAUACCAAUUCAUGUUAAAAAACGAUUUACAUAUCAACAAGGAAAACGGACUGAAGAUAAGGAAGAUACAGUUUUGCCAUUUCAUUAA